AUCUACAAAUGCGGAAACGAGGUAUGCCCCCGUCCAGGCAGCUAUCGAUAGUACCGCUCAGAUAAGGAAGACGAUCCUCCUUGCGAAUGGUCAGGAUGCGGUCAGAGGAUGAAACUCAUUCGCCAUGUUUUUUUCGUGGACUGUCCUGGUCACGUCUGAUGUCUACCAUGCUUAACGAUGCCGCAGCCAUGGAUGACGCUCUUCAGCUAAUUGCAGGAAACGAAACAUGCCCUCGGCCGCAGACUUCAGAGCACUUGACCGUAGUUAAAAUCAUGCAGCCGGAAAGCAUCAUUAUCUUGCAGAACAAGGUCGACUUGAUCAGGCUCUUGAGUACCAAAAAUCAAUCGCUGCAUUCGUCAAGGGUGGGCCCUCGGCGGGAUGGAUCAUUUAAUGCUGUACUAAUCAUCGACUACUGCUGAGGCACGUUCGCAGAGCUUGAUAUAUUCACUGGUGGGUCUGCCAGAGAGACGAUUUCGAACCCAGUGGAAAGGGCGGGGUCGCGAAGACGUAUCGUGGGCGUCAGGGUGAAGUAAAGAGGAAAGUCGGUCACAAAGGGUGCUUGCACGUGACGCCCAUGAAUGAGGGUGCUGAGAACAUGCAAGUUGCAAUAGGAUCUC